CUUUCGCAAAGGCAGGCGCUGCAUUUUUGCCUUUUUCUAAACGCUAACAUGGCGAAAAGGGAAUGAUGUGAAGAAUUAAUAGAAGGGACAGAAGAAAUGUGAAAAACAACACAAAAUAACAUUUUCAUGGAGAUGAAAAGUCCGAUGCAACGGGAGGGGAAUCGGCACUCCUUCGCACCAGAAAAUCUUGGAUCAAAAUGCUGAUAGUGGAGAAGACGGCAGACUACCCUUGCACAGAGUUCUCGCUGGUGGAGGAUGUUUCUCUCCACUUUACGUGUUUGAUGGACAGACUCAACGAGCAGCGCUUGUUUCAGCCUGCGCUUUGCGACGUGGAUAUCGUGUUAGUGCGCCAGAAGAACACCUUCCAGGCCCACAAGGGGGUGCUAGCGGCCUGUAGCCAGUUCUUCCACUCCCUCUUCACCCAGAACAAGCAGCUCCAGCGCGUGGAGCUGUCGCUGGAGGCCCUCACCGCUCAGGGCCUUCAGCAGAUCCUCAACUUCAUCUACACCUCCAAGCUGCUGGUCAACGCCCGCAGCGUGCAGGAGGUGCUGAAGGCCGCCUCCGUGCUCCAGAUGAGCGACAUCGUCGCCUCCUGCCAGGAGCUCAUCAGGAACCGCUCCCUGGGCCUCGCCCUGGACCCCGCCCCCACGCAGGACGGACGGGGCGGCGCGGUCUCCGCCCAGUUUUACAGGGAGGUGAAGCAGGAGGUGGACCCAGCCCACGCCAAGAUCUACGCCCGCGAGGGCAGCGGCCCUUACGCUGUGCGGGUGGAGGACGGGACGGAGAAGCCCCAUCCCAGCGCGCAGAUAAAGCAGUACUUUAAGAAGGAGGAGGGAGGGCAGAGCGGGGCCGGCAGCCUGUGCAAGAUGGAGGGCAAAGCUGGGGAGUUGGAGAACUCGGACGGCCGGGCCUUCAACCGGGAGCAGAUAAUCGUGGAGGUGAACCUGAACAACCAGACGCUGAACGUGUCGAAGGGCAGUGAGGGGAAGCCCUCCUCCGCAGAGGCCGCAGGCUUGCUGGGCGGCAGGUGCGGAGAGGAGCCGGACGAAGAGGAGGAAGGAGGAGGCGAGGAGGAGGAAGACGAAGAGGAGGAGGAGAACGAAGAGGAUGAUGAAGACGCAGAUGUGGGGGAGGAGGAGGAGGACCUGAGUGAGGAGGAAGAGCUAGACAACAUCAGCGAGGAGGAUGAAGAGGAGGUGCUGCACGUGGAGAACCACGACCUUCCCGAGUUGAAGACGCUGGAACGGACUCGCCGGCAGACUAGGGCCUCCGGGGGCGCCAUGGCGACAAUCUCCGUGCACCAGGCACUGGGCGCGGUCACCAGGGCCAACAAGGGCCGGGGCCGGCACAAGAAGAAGAGGCCGGAGGGCGCGGGGCAGAAGGUGAAGCUGGAGGAGAAGCAGACCUUCCCCUGCAUGAAGUGCCCACGCGUCUUCAACAACCGCUGGUACCUGGAGAAGCACAUGAACGUCACCCACAACCGCAUGCAGAUCUGCGACAAGUGCGGCAAGCGCUUCCUGCUGGAGAGCGAGCUGCUUCUGCACCACCAGACCAACUGUGAGAAGAGCAUCCAGUGUGUUACCUGCGGGAAGGCCUUUAAAAAGCUGUGGUCUCUCCAUGAGCAUAACAAGAUCGUCCAUGGCUACGCCGAGAAAAAGUUCUCCUGUGAGAUCUGUGAGAAGAAGUUCUACACCAUGGCCCAUGUCAGAAAGCACAUGGUUGCUCACACCAAGGACAUGCCGUUCACAUGCGAGACGUGCGGCAAGUCCUUCAAGCGUAGCAUGUCCCUCAAGGUGCAUUCCCUGCAGCACUCCGGGGAGAAACCAUUCAAGUGCGAGAACUGCAGUGAACGCUUCCAGUAUAAAUACCAGCUGCGUUCCCACAUGAGCAUCCAUAUUGGACACAAGCAGUUCAUGUGCCAGUGGUGCGGCAAGGACUUCAACAUGAAGCAGUACUUCGAUGAGCACAUGAAGACUCACACUGGAGAGAAGCCAUACAUCUGUGAGAUCUGCGGGAAGAGCUUCACCAGCCGGCCCAACAUGAAGCGUCACCGCCGCACACACACGGGCGAGAAGCCGUACCCCUGCGACGUGUGCGGCCAGCGCUUCCGCUUCUCCAACAUGCUCAAGGCCCACAAGGAGAAGUGCUUCCGGGUCAGCAACCCCGCCACCUCCGAGGCCGACCCGCUGGGCCUCGACCCCGUCUCCCCGGUCGGCAACAUGGAGGCCAGCGUCAAUCAGGCGGAGCCGGUGACGCUGCCAACGCAGGCCGGAGACGUCGCCUCGCCCCACGCCCACCUCUCCCUCCCUCUCCUCCACUCCAUGGGGGGUCUCUCAGCCUCCCCUCUGCCCCCCCUGCCCCCCCUUUUCUCCACUGGAAGGAUUAAUAAUAAUAAUUAA